UUCCCUCCCCUCUCUCUUUUCCAGCCUGUAAAGUGUGUCUGCCCCUUUGAACCGCGGGCACAGCGCGUGCGGCUGCACACACACACAUGCACACACCACACACACACACUCACACACGCACACGCACACCCAGCCGCCGGCUAUAAAUAAGUUAAGAGCCGGGCAGAGGGCGAGCAGUGCGCGUCUCCCGCCGGGCGGAGGCGGCGGGGACUGCGACCGCCACCGACCGCCCCGAGCAGCCUCCUCCCGGGCGGCUCAGCCCCGACCCCGGCCCCGGGUGCCAUGGCGUGCGUGGAGCGCUGCUGCGCGGGCAGCCGGCGGCACAGCAGCAUCCUCUACAACAUCCUCAAGAGCCAGGAGCAGGCGGAGGCGGAGAGGCGGCAGCCGCCGCCGGGGCAGGGGCCGGGGCCGGUGGCGAGGCGGGGGCCGGCGUGCGGCGGCUGUUCGUGCGGCUCGCAGCGGCGGGUGGCCCUGAAGAGCCCGCAGGUGGCGUGCAAGGCGGCCUCGGCUGUGCUGGUGAAGACGCUGCGCUUCGUGCAGAACGUGCCCUGCUUCCAGGAGCUGCCCCUGGACGAGCAGCUCGUCUUGGUCCGCAGCUGCUGGGCGCCCCUGCUGGUGCUGGGGCUGGCGCAGGACCGGGUGCACUUCGAGACGGUGGAGAGCGCCGAGCCCAGCAUGCUGCAGAGGAUCCUCACCAACCGGCGGCAGGGCGAGCACACCCCGCCGCGGGGACCGGCGCCAGGGCGGCCGCACCCGCCCUCGGCCGGCGACAUCCAGGCCAUCGAGGGCUUCCUGGCCAAGUGCUGGAGCCUGGACAUCAGCACCAAGGAGUACGCGUACCUCAAGGGCACCGUGCUCUUCAACCCGGAUUUACCUGGACUGCAGUGUACACAGUAUAUUGAAGGACUGCAGAGGGAAGCACAACAAGCUCUAAAUGAACAUGUCAGACUCAUUCACAGAGGUGAUGAAGCCAGAUUUGCCAAGCUGAAUGUUGUUCUAUCCUUGUUAAGAUCUAUUAAUGCUAAUGUGAUUGCUGAACUAUUCUUCAGGCCCAUCAUUGGAGCAGUGAACAUGGAUGACAUGCUUUUGGAAAUGCUUUGUGCAAAAUUAUAAAGGUGUGUAAAAUAAUGAAAAUAAAUCCAAUUCAAAGGAAGCCGUAGAGCAGAAUAGUGUAAAGUACUGUAAAUAAACUAACUUAUUGUUUUUACAUAGAUAGUAUUUUUGUAUUCAAUAAUAAAAUAUUCUUUAAGUUCUGGAA